UGCCUGUCCCCUGCCUGUCCCCUGCCCAUCCCCUGCCCCUGCAUCACCAGCCACAGACACUGAGCAGAGGGCACUCCAUGGAUGACGAGCGACCCCUCUUCAGCACCUUCAAGCCCCUCGGUGAGGACAGCACAGGCAGAGCCAAGGCAGCGUCCAGCAACGCCCCCAGCCAGCCCCAGGGGGCUUCAGAGCAGCCCCCAGGAUGGCCCAGCAGACACAGCAGGGUCCCCCCAGGUUUCCGGCCAGCCCCGGCAGCCCAGUCCCUGCCCGAGGAUGAGGAGAGGGUGGCGCUGCGGGCCCGCACCCGCCUGUGGUUCGAGCAGACACAGGCACAGAGGCUGGGGCCCGAGGGGGAGCUGCCCUCGUGGUUCCACGGCUUCAUCAGCCGCAGGGAGGCAGAGGAGCUGCUGCAGGAUCAGCCCCUGGGCUGCUUCCUGGUGCGCUUCAGCGAGAGCACCGUGGGCUUCGUGCUGUCCUACAGGGGCAGGGAUCGCUGCCGGCACUUUGUCCUGGACCAGCAGCCGGACGGGCGCUAUGUGAUCCUGGGCGAGCGCAGCGCCCACGCCGAGCUGGCCCAGCUGCUGCAGCACCACAGCACGGCCCCGGUGACCCCGUACCCAGAGUUCCUCACCGUGGCCCUGCCCUGCACACGGAAGGACGAGCCCCGAGGGCGGCCACAGCCCCCGGGUGGGGGCGAUGCUGCUCAUUCCCCAGCGAGCCAAGCAGCGGCCAAGCUCCCGGAGCCUCCCAGAGCUGCGGCUCCGCCGUCUCUCCCUGCCAAGAGCAGCUCCCGGGGCGCGGCUCGGGGGCUGCAGAGCCCCUCCAGCAGCGCGGCAGCCCCCGAGGCUCCCUAUGCCCAGGUGCACAAGGAACCCGCCCGCCCCGAGCCCCCCGAGGCCAAGUACCAGCAGCUCAUGUGCUUCCACGUCUAUGCUGAGCCCCGUGAGGAGAUCGACCCCAGCCCCAACGAACCCCAGGAGCCCAUCCCAGGGGGACCCCCCACCCCAGGGGGACCCCCCACCCCUGAGGGGCCCAUCCCCUUCUAUGCCAUGGCCCGCGGCUGGAGCCCCCGCGGCAGCCCCGAGGAGAACAUCUACUCCGAGGUGGCCCUGGCUGGGCAGGAUGUGCCUGCCCGGCCCCCCAGAGCCCCCCAAAACGCCUUCUCCACGCUGCCCCCCAAAGGCCGGCCCCACCGCCGGCUGUUCCGCAGCGUUUCCAGCCAGGACUGCAGGAGGAGGCAGCACUCGGCGGCUGCCAGCACGGACAGGGAGGACACAGGAGCUCCCAGCACGGGCACACAGGUUGUCCUGAGCCCUGAGCUGGAGCUGGAUGACCCCGUGUACAGCAGGAGCACACCCAGGGACCUGCACCCCACAGCUGAGAAUGUGUACGAGCAGCUGCCUGGGGACUGCUCCUAAACCACCUGGACAGCACCUGGCUCCCAGGCAGGAGGAACCUCAGCCUCCCCCUCACUGCAGGAAGCCCUUGGCCCUGGGAGGAGCUCCAAGGCUGCUGUUGGCCCCAGCUGGCAGUGCCAACCUGCUCCUCCAGCUUCCCAACCCUGCUGGACAGCACAGGGGGAGCCUUACCCUACCCAUGAACACGUUCCCAGAGACUUCUGGUAAUAAAAUGAGGGGAAAAGGCUGUUCCAGGAAAAACAGGGAUGAGUUUGGCACAGUUGGUGCAGGCAGUUGGGUAUUAAAUUGGCCAGAAAGUGGGAAAAAGGCUACAGGUUACAGGAAAAACAGGGAUGGGUUUGGCACACUUGGUGCAUGCACUUGGAUAUUAAAUUGGUCAGAAAUUGCAGUGAUGCUACACUGAACCUCUCCAGCCUGCAGCCAACACUCCAAGCCCUGCCUGCUUCCUCAGCCACAAAAUCUGGGAUGACACCACUGUCCCAGGGCUGUCCUGAGAGGCUCCCAGCCCAACAGGAGCGGGGAGCCAGGAUGGUCAAAGCCAUGGCUUGGAGGGGAAAGGAGGGUUGGGGACUGUAGCUGUUUAAUCUCUGGGCAAAUUCGCUCCUGACCUUUCACAGACCUGAAUUUUGUUGCUCUCAGAGGGCUGAAAGUGGAACACAAGCCCUUGGAAGUUCCCUUGGUGCUAAACCCAAGCCAUAACCCCAACGAGAAAUGGAAAGGGGAAGGUGGCAGUUCCAGCCCCCACACUGCAAAAUCCCCAGGCCAAGAGGGUACCUGGAUGAGGAUCUGAGCCCCUGGUGAUGGAAACAGGGCUGGGUGUGUUCAUUUAGAAAUAUGUUCCUUCAGCAAAUCUCUUCUGGGAGGGUUUCACUGUACAUACAAGAUAUGAAUAAAUUA